CUGUGCUGAAUGGAAUGGUCCAAAGAUUUACCUUCCUCUUGAGAAUUUUAGUAGCAGACGACCUCUCUUCUCCGACCGCUUUAUAUAUUUUACAAUCGUGUACCUGUUCUUUCUUUCUGUCAAGUUUCGUUUCUGAUAGCAGAUUAUAACAUGGACCCCGAAGAAAGAAUAAGACGCCGAGAAGAACGAAGAAGACGACGCGAGGCGGAGAAAGCUGCUGCAUUGGAGCAAGAAACGAAAGAAAGCAAUAUCCGAUCCAGUCGAGAGGAAGCAGCGCACACGUCACAUGACUAUGAGCAGACGACACCAACACUAGAACCAGAAAAGAACAAUGAACCCGAUUCAGAGCAGGUACCUACUGAAAACGUGCUCUUUGUGAACGAUGACGACUCGCGAUGCAAUGGCGAUAAUGAAGAAUAUGACAAUGAAAAUGUGGAACAACAAAAGGAGGACUAUACAUUAAUGAACAGACCUGAUUCGGAUGCAGAGGAAUUAACGCCGUCAGUCACGGAGGAGAAUAAAGAACGAACUGAAAAUAAGGUGAAAGUGGGGAAACUGAGUAAGAUAUCUCCGCCAAAACCGUCACCUAGUCAGAAUUCGUCGCAAACUGAGCCCGAAGCUUUAAAUGUUUAUAAGGAGAUGAAGUUGAAGAAAGAACAAGAUGAGUCGAUGAAAACCGCCCUAUUGGAACUGCGAUUGGAGCAAACACAAAUUCAUGAAGAAAUAGAUUAUACUGUUGUUCUACACGAACAGUGA